AUGUAUAAAGUUGCAUUGCCGUUUCCGUCGCUGCUGCUGCUGCUUCCGGUGUUGCUGCUGCUGGCGUUGCUGCAGUUGCCACCGUUCGUUGCAUCAUCCGUGCCGGUGUCGUCGCCCUCGCCCGCCCCUUCAACAGGAACUCGGGCCACACUCGCUUCCCGUGAGUUAUCGUUUUUGGUGCUAAGCCAGCCAGCCAAGUUUAACGCAGCCCGGGCGCAGCGACUGAGGCGAAGCAUCAUCGAUCAGAUAAAGGGACUGGAUCAGGAAAUCGCUUCCAACGAGCCGGACAGCGUGUUUCUCACGCAUGAGCUGUUUCCGGAGCAGGAGGGCGCGUGGGCGAUUACACCGAUUCUACACCACAUCCGGUCGUCGAUCUUGAAGGCAGCCCACCGAACCGCCCGCUGGCUGAUCGUGUGCGAGGAGCAAAGCCACGUCAACGUGAGCCUAUUAACGCACCAUUUGGCCAAGGAAGACUAUCGAGAGAAGCUUUUCCUCGGCUACCCGCUCUACGACCGCGAGGCGACCAUAAUUCAUCAUUUCGCAUUUUUCAAAAACCCGACCAGCUUCCUCUAUCCCUACCUGACGGCCGGGGUCGCCCUCACCGUACCGUUGGUGGAUCACCUGGUCGACCUGCUGACCGACGGUACCGUGCAGGCGCUGUCGGAUUUUUUCAUCGACCCUGCUCACGAGUUCGCCCUGCUCGUCUGGCAACACGGCGCAGGAUAUCCGCUCCAGCCGAGGCGCUACCUCUGCGCCAAAGCGCAACCGGGCUGUGCGAUCUGGGCAGCCACACCAACAACCGCAUCCGCCGGGAAUGACCGGAACAGCGAGGGUGGAGCCCUCUCCGCGGGUGACUUUGGCUGUGCCAAUACUCCAACGGACGUUGAUCGAAUCAUGUUUGCGGUGAAAACAUGCCACAAGUACCACCACGAUCGCAUUCCCGUCCUCCAGCGUACCUGGACCAGACACGUACAGCAUUUGAGGUACUUCAGUGAUGUCGCCGAUCCUUCCAUUCCGACGGUCGUCACUUCCGUUCCGAACUCGAGCGCGGGACACUGCGCGAAAACGCUGGAAAUACUUCAACUGAUCGGUGACGAGAUCCGGUACAACGUCACCCUGCAAGCGGUCCGGUGGGUGAUGCUGGUCGACGAUGACACGAUUCUCAGCUCGUCGUCGUUGGCGCGAUUCCUCAGUUGCUAUGACCCGGGUCGGGAUUGGUACCUGGGCGAACGGUACGGCUAUCACCUGAUGGGCUCGGACGGGGGCUAUAACUACGUGACCGGCGGUGGCGGCAUUGUGCUGAGCGUGGCCAUCCUCGACGCACUGCAGCAAACGUGCGAGUGUCCGUCUCCGUCCUCGCCGGACGAUAUGAUUCUGGCGGCCUGCCUGCAGCGCCUCGGCGUACGGCCCAUCCACUCGCCGCUUUUCCACCAAGCUCGACCAACCGACUACCCGCCGGAGUUGCUAGAUCCGAGGCGUACGGUGUCCUUCCACAAGCACUGGCAAAUCGAUCCGCACCAGGUGUACAACAGGUGGUUCCGGGCGCUCGACGAGCAAAACUCCCGCGGGGGAUGUGAGGACACCAACAGCCGCCUGCAGGAAGUCGAGGUAGAAGAGAACCAAGCGGAUGCCUCCAGCGUGCCGGUAGAACAUCGGAAGCAUGGUCAAUUCUUGCGCCCAGCGAGCCAUAUCGCGGCACGGAACGAAAACGACAGCCUACGUGAGCAUCGUCCUACCACCGUGACCGGAGGUCCGUUGCGGAUGGAAAGCGGACGUGCAGCACACCAAACUUCCCCCGAAACCCACAGCGGUCCUCUUAACCAGCAGCCGGGGGAACACAUGGUGCGCCGGGCGAUAACGGAAACCCACACGGUACCUUUCCCAACCGUCGACAGUCCGGUUCUGGGGACGAUACCGACGAGCAGCGUCAGCACCGGAACGCCGACGGUCGCAGGUCCAGUCACACCUGGCGUGGCAGCGGUAGCAGUCGCCACACCAACGCAACAUAUCGCUCGCAAGCAACUGUGCGAAAGUAAUGAGCUUCAAUCAAACGGGGACUUUUUGCUGCGGCAGCAGGCAAACCUCCAGGAGUCGACAAACAUAAUCAAACAUACCGAUCUUUAGACGGCAGGGGGAGAGCGGGAGAGGGGGAUGUUGCUGAGGUGGCAUCAAAUGGAAAGCUUUCACCGAGCGAGGGAAAAUAAAAGAGCGUGAAGAGAUGGAAAAUGCGAUGUUAGUCACGUGCUAAAAGGAUCCCCACAGGGAACCCAUAACAUUUGGUUCCGACUUUCAGCACCCGAAAGAUGCGUUAGGGAACCGACGAAGGACACUUUAAAAGGAACGUGUCCUGCUUGGCGUCAUAAACAUUCACGUCACAAAGAAAGUAAGUACAAUAACGUACACAACUGUA